AUGGAUGCUCCCAGCUCCAACCCUCUUCUAUCGACCCAGAAGAGCUCCCAGCUCCAGGCCGUCCUGCACCCGCUAGUGCUUCUCACAAUCUCCGACUACAUCACACGACACACUCUGCGAGAGCAAAAGGGGCCCAUAAUCGGAGCUCUGUUAGGCCAGCAGAAUGGCCGGGAAAUCACCAUUGAACACGCUUUUGAAUGCCACGUCAAGGAAGCACCCGAGGUCGAUGGAGGCUACCUGGUGGACGUAGACAAGUUUGGCAGAAGAUUAGAACAGAUGUGCCUUGUGCAUAAAGACCGAAAACUGGACUUUGUCGGCUGGUACACGCUGCUGUCGUCAUCAGGUCCCUCGCCCACCAUCCUGCCCGUCCACAGCCAGAUCCUCGAAAACUGGAACGAGUCGGCCGUUUUGCUAGGUUUCCACCCACAAGAGGUUGCGCAGCAUUCAGUCGGCGGUAAAUUGCCGUUGACAAUAUACGAGAGCAACUUUGAGGUCGACGACGCCAGGGCGGAAAAUGACGGAGAGGACAAGAAGAUGGACGACGGUGACUCCUCACUUAAGCUGAAAUUCCGAGAGGUGCCAUAUUCUGUCGAGACGGAUGAGACGGAAAUGAUUAGCAUGAAUUACGUGGCUAGCGGUGGUGGAAACGCAGCAGCCAGCGCCCCAGCUCCGGCCGUCAAGGAAGAACGGCCAGCUCGUUCGAUAGAGUCAAACGGAAAGGGGAAGCGGAGGCUGGUGGAGAGCGAGGUUGAGGAGAAGAAAGACGCGGUGGUGGAUGAGGCGAGCGCUCUGACGCGGGAGGAGGACGAGAUGAUUGCUUCGCUGACGGCAAAGGCCAACGCCAUCAAGAUGCUCCACUCCAGAAUCCAGCUCAUCACUACUUACCUGGAACGUUUACCGCCCUCGUACAUCAAUGGAGAUGACCAGGGAGAGAGCAUGGAUACGGACACGAACAAUACUACGCCAUCUCACAACAUUCUUCGACAGAUCCAGGCCCUGGUCAGCCGUCUUGACCUCGUCAUUCCGUCAGACAGGGAGGCUUUUGAGAAGGAAGUAGAGAGCGAGUCUAACAAUGUCCACCUCCUCGGCCUUUUGAACUCCAUCAUGCAGGGCGUCAACCAGGCAAAGGAUGUGGGCAGGAAAUUUCAUGCUAUUGAAUCAAGCAAGGGUGCAGCGAGACGUGGGAAUCUGAAUUAUAAUAUGAGUGGUGUCCCGUUUAACAUUCCGGGCACGGGCGAUCUGCACGUUUGAGGAUGAUAUUAGGUUUUGCUUAUAAGGCUAGAACUUUGGGUGAUUUUUUUGUUUGCUUGAGGCAUUACCAUGGGGCGUUUGUUUUCUCUCUUCCUUUUUUUUAAACACGUUCAACGCAAGGGAACGAUUCAUAGAUGGGUAAUGAAUGACAUAACGAGGGCUGGCGUAACUAU